GCCUUGAGGGGGACGGUCCGUUGCGGGAGGACAGGUGGAACAAGAAGAAUUGUUCAAAAAAAUGUCACUUGACUUUGACAGUGCAGCUUUACAAAUGCAGCAUGAAGAUGAAGAAUAUGACCAGGAGGAUUAUGCUAGGGAGCAAGAGUUGCAGCAGCUGUUGACAGACCUUCCCCAUGAUAUGCUGGAAGACAGUGGAGACCAUCUCUCUGACUAUAGUGUGGCUGAGGACCAUGAGCAAGCACGUGAGCACUGGGAUCAGGAUGCCUCCAGGUGGAAGGACCAUCCAGUUGCAACUAAUCCACAGAGUGAUUAUGAACAGGGUCAGAAUUUCUAUGCAGAACACUUUCAAUAUGAUCAGGGAAACAUCGGAAGUGACAUGCAUGCUAGUGACUGGCCAGAUCAUCGCAACGAAGAUGAGGAUAAAAGCAUGUUUGAAAUUGCUGGGAGAGCCAGUGAAGAUGGGUCUGAGGAUGAUGUGUAUCUUGGAGGAGAUGGGUAUAAAGCAGAUAAACUUUGCCAGCAAACCAAUGGAUAUCAUCUUUCAGAAAACUUUAGACCAUAUGCAAAUAGCCACCAGCAGGAGUUCAGUAACCAACAUGCCACAAUACCAAACUUUGUUGAUACUAAGAAAGAACACUUGAAGUUUGGCACUUCAGAAGUUACUAACAACCAAGCUGUGGAAUCUUACAAAGUAAUAUAUAAGCCAUGUCAGAAUAAUAUCCAGAAGCCUGUUUCUUCAGAUGCAGCAAGAAGAAAUGAAGUGUUUGAAGAGAUGCAACAAGAAUUUCUAGGUACUGGAGAAGGUUCAUCAGACAACAUGCAGAUUCUACAACUUCAGGUUCUUAAUAAAGCAAAAGGGAGACAACUGGAAGAACUUAAUAAACAGCUGGAAGAGAGAGCCCAGCAGAUUAGGUAUCUUUCUCAUCAGCUGGCCAUUGUGAAAGAUGAAAAGGAUGGCAUGUGUCUCAGCCUCCAAGAAGGUCAGACUCUUUAUCAAAAGAGCAAGGAAAGGGAAAUUCAACUUGAGGGCCAAAUAAAAGCACUUGAAACCCAAAUACAAACUUUGACCACUAAUGAAGAGCAGCUGAUCAAACAAUCAAAAGUGGCAGAAGUUGCCAUGGAAAGCAUGCAGCAGCAGCUCUUGGAACUGCGGCGCUCUGAUGCUCUUCAGCGUGCAAGAGAACAACAUGAGGCUAUUGUUGCAGCUCUGAAACAGAAAUAUGAAGAACAGACCUUACUUCUGCAGCAGAAACUUGAUGCUAAGCAUGUGGCACACCAGGAACAGAUAGAACUUUGCUGUCAUAUGAGGGAACACAUGAAACAACUUGAAAGAAAUCUUGAAGAAAGCAAAUUAGAAAAAAACAACAUAAUCAAUCAGCUCUCAAGAAGCCUAGAAGAAAGCCAAAACCAAUGUGCAAAUCUUCUACAAUCAGGCUUGGUAAAGGAGACAAAUCAGUUGCGUAUGCAGCUGCAUCAAGCACAGUCUGCCCAGUUGAUAAGCAGCGAAAUGAACAAAGCUCUACAGGAAGAACUAAAGGAACUGAAAGAAGAAAUUGUUCUAUAUGAAUCCGCUGCAAAACAUGGUGUAUUUCUCAAUGAUCCUGGUGGUGAAUUGAAUGUAGACAUGACUGAUUCUUAUGUAGAUUUGGGUAUUAAAAAAGUCAACCCAGAAACAGGACUGCACAGUACUGCACUGAGUAAAGAAGUAGAUAGAGGACUUUCUAAAGAUGAGAUUAUCUCAGACCUGAAGGCUGAACUGGAACGUUCACUGAGCAGUAACAAAGCAAAAAGGAAACGGAUUUCUGAGUUACAAAAUGACCUCGAAGAUUGUCAGAGAACAGUAGAAGAAUUGAAGGAGCAGCUGGUGAAAACAAAUGUGCAUGAGCCCAAAGGUAGAAGUAUUGAGGGCCCAUCUAAUAUUUUGCAAUCUAAUACUUCUGAAGAAAUUCUGAGGCUGAAAAGGGAAAACCAAGAUUUACAUCAAGAAGCUGAGAGUCAUAAUGUACGCAUUCAGGAGCUUACAGAAAACCAGGAAAAACUGAAAAACACAAAUCAAGAGCUUUGUAGUCAAAUGAGAGAAAUUAUUCGGGACUUUGAUCAGGAUAAGCAAGAAGCACUAGACAGGUGUGAAAGAACCUAUCGGCAACAUUUUGAAGAUGUGAAGAAAAAGCUCUGUGAGGAGCUUGCAGAAAGGCAUGCUGCAGAAAAAGAAAAGCUGCACAAUGCUUAUGAAGAGACCAUUACCCAGUUGAAGGCUGACAUUGAUGAAUUGAACAAAGAGAUUAUUACAGUGAAAGAAUGUUAUGUUACCGUCUGCAGGGAGAGAGAGAAACAGGAGGCCACUCUGAAAGCAGCAUUUGAGCAGGAGCAGCAAAUGAAGGAAGAGAAGCUCAAGAAACAGUUAUUGGAGGAAAAGGAAGAAGCUAUAAACAGGCUGAGGACUGAACUAGAAGAAACACACAAGAAUUCCAUGGCACUAGCCAAGAGCCAGUGGCAGAAAGAAAAAGAAUCCGACAUGAAGAUGCAGAUUGAGAACAAAGUGGCAGAAAUCAAAGCCUUUUGGGAGAAAGAACAGAAAGAGAGCAAAGACCAAGCUAUUCAGGCGAUUGAAAAAGAGUGGCAAUAUAAACUGGAUCAGGCUUUGGAAGGAGGGAAGAGAGCUGUAGUGGAACUCACAGAUCACUGGAGCCAAACGGAGCCAUUAUCCACCAAAGAUGAAUUGUUAUGCCAGGCGAUUGCCGAGGCAGUUGAAGAGCAAACAUUACUUUUUCGGGAGGCAUUGAAAGAAAAGGAAAAGAUGUUGAGGGCACAUGAAGCAAGAUAUCAUGAGGGCAUUGCCAGUCAGGUGGAAUCAGCUCUGACAAAAGCUCGUACCAGGUGGCUGGAAGAACUGACUGAGCUUGAGGAGUACAAAGCACAUCUGAAACUAGCCAAGGAAGAAUGGGAGAAAGAAUUUGAAAUUGGCACAGCAAAGCAGGUUUCGCUGGCUCUUUCAGCUGCUGAAGAGAAAUGGAAGAAGGAGCUUGAGAACAGCGAAAAGGCUCAAAUAAGGACCAAGGAGCUUGAAGAGAGGAUCCAUUCCCUUAAAAGGGAACUGGAGGUCAAACAGAACGAAAUCCCCGCCAUUAUUAAAGCAGAACUGGCAAAAGCCCGGGCUCAAUGGAACAAGGAAAAGCAAGAGGAGAUUUUCAAGAUACAAGACCGAAAUGAAAAGGAUUACCAUUCUUUUUUGCAUGACCACAAGAAUAAAAUCAAUGAAGUCCUGGCAAAAGCCAGAGAAGACUUUGCAAAACAGAAGAAAGAACUGCUUGAUGAAAAAGAGGCAGAACUGAGGCUGUUGUUGAGCAGGAAGCAACAAGAAUGGGCAGUUCAGGAAACCAAGAGAUUCCAAAAUGAAAUUCACCAAUAUGAGGAGAGGCUCCUUGUUCAGGUGGAACUCCUCUUGGAUGACAUUCACAAGGAUUUCGUCAGAUGUGCAAGCAGUAUGCAUACUUGGCAAGCUAAAUGGAAUGCUUCUGUUCAAUCCAACCUCCAGUUCAAAGAGAAGCUGGCAUUUUGUCUGCAGAAAGCAUAUAGAGACACAGUCUGUGUCAUUCUAGAAAAAGCCAAGCAAGAGCGGAACGAGAAACAUGAAGAUUUAGACUAUAAUUUCAAAGACUCACAGAACUCUUGCAUGCAGAGUGGUGAAGGGGAGACUGGAGACAAAGCUAGACCUUCCAUGUUUGACAUUGGACAGCAAGUAGAACUACAAAGAAGGUUAAGAAAGUCCCCUUUCCAGGAGACUGAAAUGGAUAUUGAUUCCAAGUGUAGGAAAAGAAACCCAUUAUCACAAGAAGUUUGCUGUGAACAUUGUCACCAACAGCUUGAAAAAAAGGAAAAAGAGUGCCAGGAUUUGAAAAAGAAACUUGACAAAGCUUGCAAACAUCUCCAGCUUGCAGUGAAAGAACAAAAAGCAAAGUUAGAACCCGUCCAAGAAAAUGAAAACAAUGUAGAUAAACGAAUCACAGAAAGUCCUGCGAUGAAAGACACACUUGAUGAUUUGAAAGCUUCCACUGUUCCUCCAAGAUCAUUGUCAGAAGGGUGUGUGCUAAAACCUUGCACUUCAUGUGAUGGAAAAGCCUUGGAAGAAAUGCGAUCGCAGUAUAUUAAAGCAGUGGGCAAAAUUAAAAGUGAUAUGCUUCGUUACAUCCAUGAAAGCAAAGAGAGAGCUGCAGAGAUUAUUAAAGCAGAAGUAUUACGAGAACGUCAGGAGACUGCCCGGAAAAUGCGCAAAUAUUACUUGAUUUGUCUUCAGCAACUUCUUAUUGAUGAUGGAAAACACGAAGGGGCUGAGAAGAAAAUAAUCUGUGCUGCUAGCAAAAUUGCUACAAUGGCCAAAGUUCUAGAAACUCCUGUUCGUAGCUCAUUCCAGAACAAAGCCACCCAUGCAGCACUGUCACAACAUUCCAAGCUGCUGUCUGAGGUUGAGGAACUUGAAAGAAACUACUCGCAACAACCUAAAUCAACUAUAGAGGGAAAUCAAACACAUGGUGGAAGCAUGAGCAAAAAUCCAGCUAUGCAAAAAUGGGUACCUUGCAGCUUACAACAGCAGCUUGAUGCUGAAAGCCAGGCAGCCCUCCCUCCCCGAAGUCUGAUUGAUGGGAGGAAGUGUAAAAAUGCAAGCAGAGGUCUGCCUCAUGCUAUCAGUGCCGCCACCCUCCAGAAUCCUCUCUCAUUCGCUUCACAAGCAAAGUUCCAAGACGUUCACACAGUGAGUUGUACAGAUGGUGCUUCCAACUCUGGGGUACCUUGUGUAAAGUUGAAGAAUGUAAAUGACAGGACCACUGUAGAAGAACCUGAGUGUGCCCAGUCUGUUAGGCACCAGAAUGUACAAUCUGAGAAAACCCCCGUCUUUCGCGUUCAGGAAACUCCAGUAAGGGAUGAAGGAUGCUCUCCCGAUUGGAGCCUGGUGAGUGGGGCGGUACACGUGGACAGCAAUGAUAGGCUCUUGUACUCUGUUCCAAAAGUAUAUUCCAGUGUACCAGAAGAAUCCCAUGAACAGGCUCCCAUGACAACUCUCUUCUCCCACGCCAAGAAAGAUGCAUCUGUGUUUUGCCAACAACCCAGUGGCCACAAAGACAACACACUUGCUGCAAAGUGCCAAGACUUAAAUUGCAAGGAAAGCCAUCUGUCUGUGAGCCCUGGUCAUUUGCCAUACCCACACAUGGACAAAUUCAGUCCAUGCGAUGUCCAUCUGAGUGGUGCUGCGUUGUGUUCAACAGCAGGAAAAAGCUGCAACCCACUGCAUUCACGGAGACAGAUAUGCGAUGUUACAGCUUUUCAACAAGAUAGUGGCUUUGACAGCCCACAAAUCAACUUUGAUUAAACAUCAAGGACUCGCUGUGAACAUUCUGACAAAAGAGAUGCUUAAAUAUAUUUAAACAGAAGUUGUGGAGGAAGCCUGUUUUGGCAGUCUUGUGAGUGUUUUGGUUCAUUUCUUGACUUCCUUAUUAGACCGUUACAUGAGCAAGCCAAUCAUACAUAUUUAUAUUGGUUUGGAGUAUGUCUUAGCUAUCUGACUUUUGCUAUGUAUAGUUUGUCUUUAUAUGUGUGUGUGGUGUGUGUGUGUUGAAUGUUCUACAAUUGCAAUGAUCUAUUUUUAUAUCUCAAGAUGAGUUUAAUGUGCAGUCCAGUGCAAACUCUUUUAUUUAUAUAGAAAUAAAAUGGACACUUUGUGGUCUAUAUGCUCA